UUGGCCCCACUCUUGGCAGUCGCGAAUUCGGAUUUAAGAGCCCACGAACGGCGGCCCAAGAGCUGGUUUAUCGCGCACUCGUCGACGUCGAAGUAACGGAGUAUUCGCGACUAUAAAAUCGGUCGUAUCUUUGAUAAGUGUUCGUUCACCAGGAAGUCGACUCGCAGAAGAAGAAAUGGAGGCCAGCGAGUUUAAAGAUUUCGCAAAGGCUAUGAUAGACUAUGCUGCCGAUUACUUGGAAAAUAUCCGGGACAGGCGAGUACUACCUACCGUUGAACCAGGAUAUUUACGUCCUUUAAUCCCUGAUGGUCCUCCCAGCACCCCUGAAAAAUGGCAAGAUGUACUCAAUGACGUAGAACGAGUAAUCAUGCCCGGUGUAACGCAUUGGCAUUCCCCGCGUUUUCACGCAUAUUUUCCGACUGCUAAUUCUUAUCCGGCCAUAGUGGCUGACAUUUUAAGUGGAGCUAUUGCCUGCAUCGGCUUUACUUGGAUAGCCAGUCCUGCAUGCACUGAACUUGAAGUUGUGAUGUUAGACUGGCUUGGAAAAAUGCUCGAUUUGCCGCCCGAGUUCCUGGCUUGUUCUGGAGGAAAAGGCGGCGGUGUCAUCCAGGGUACCGCUAGUGAAGCCACUUUAGUUUGUCUUCUUGGAGCUAAAGCACGUACGGUUGCCAAAAUGAAAAAAGAAAAACCGGAUAUGUCCGAGUCUGAUGUUAUUUCUAAACUAGUCGCAUAUUGUUCAGUUCAAUCUCAUUCUUCGGUAGAACGUGCUGGCCUUUUGGGAGGUGUUAAAAUGCGAUCUUUGCAAACAAACGAUAAAAACGAGGUCGAAGGCAGUACGCUGGAAGAGGCCAUCAAGAAAGACAUUGAAGCUGGCCUUAUACCCUUUUAUGUAGUAGCCACUUUGGGCACAACAUCUUCUUGCACCUUUGACCGUUUGGACGAAAUGGGACCAGUUUGCAAUAAAUACGAUAUAUGGCUUCACGUCGAUGCUGCGUAUGCCGGAUCAGCCUUCAUAUGUCCAGAAUUCCGUUAUUUAAUGAAGGGCGUUGAGAGAGCCGAAUCAUUCAAUUUCAACCCCCACAAGUGGAUGUUGGUGAACUUCGACUGCUCCGCUCUUUGGCUCAAGAACCCAAACUGGGUUGUUAACGCGUUCAAUGUCGAUCCCGUCUACCUAAAGCAUGACCAUCAAGGUGCUGCACCGGAUUACCGCCACUGGCAAAUUCCACUGGGUAGAAGAUUUCGUGCUUUGAAGAUAUGGUUCGUUCUUCGGCUUUUCGGAGUUGAAAAUCUUCAGAAGCACAUUAGGAAGCAGGUCUCCCUGGCACACCACUUUGAGUCACUCGUAAACACCGACAGUCGAUUUGAAAUCACCGAAAAAGUCGUUUUAGGAGUCGUUUGCUUUAGAUUGAAGGGUAGCAAUGAGAUUAACGAGGCCUUGUUGAAGAAGAUCAACGGAAGGGGGCUGAUACAUAUGGUACCCUCGAAAAUACGUGACGUUUACUUCUUAAGGUUCGUGAUAUGUUCGAAAUAUACCGAAGAGGAAGAUGUAAAUCUUUCAUGGAACGAAAUCAAGGCGUCUACCGAUGAAGUAUUAUCUUUGAAUGGAUCGGUUACGAAUGGCGUUAAUGGUAUCCACUAGAAUUAUAUCAUAGUCCAUUUGUUUAUUUAAAUUAAAUUAUUAUGACACGAUUUAUGAUACAUAAAGGACAAUCAGACCACAAUACGACUGUUUUGAUAAUACUUUUUUGUUUGUAUUUACCAAUGAGCAGAAACAAGACUAAUUGAAACAUCUAGACCAUUCAAUCUUUCUUUUGGUUAGGUCUCCUGACCCUUAAUCCUUUUAUAUGCAAUUAAUCCUAAUUUAAAAUUCUUUUUAAUAAUUUAGAUUUUUCUCAUUAAAAUGAGUAAAACAUAAACUAUUUCAGAUCAACGAGGUAAGUUUCAACUUUGAUAAUGUAAUUGUAGUCUUGGUCCUUUAAUUUCAACUUUACUUAUUUCUAAUUGUCAAAACAUCUAUUGUUGGUAUUGGGCUUCGUACGUUCCUGACCUCUGAAGGUCACUAUCAGUAUAAAAUAUUGUUAGGCACUUAGAAUUGUACAGAUUUUGAAUCCAUUUAAUGACCAAUGUGGGACCACGUUGUUGCUGUUGUUCGCUUCCUACGAGUCUAAUUAAUGUUGCUAAUUAUAUACGUAUGUGUGCAUAUUUACAUAUGCGUCUGUAAUAGGGACCAUUUCGUUAUUGGCAUGUGAUAUAUGUAAACGAUUGUACUACUGCAUAUAUGUACAUUAAUAAUAUAUGUAUAUGUAUACAAAUAAAUGUUGUUGACGAA